GCUCCUGUACUCGAAUCCUCUUGCUAUGAAUGUCAGCAUACCAUUCGCCUUUUUCACCACCUGCUGUACCUGCAUGCCCACUUUCAAUGACUGGUGUAUAAUGACACCCAAGUCUCGUUGCAAAAGACCUUACUAAUGCUGUGCUCCCAACACUCUUGGAUGACCAACUCUACGGACUCUGUUGUUGUAGAGUGCUGUCAAUCAUGGCGACCCUAUGGGAUAGUGUAGUUGUCCACAGGGGUAUCUGCAUUUCUUCCAUGCAGAUAUUGCUGCCCAGAUUGGGGACCCGGCCAGACUCAGGACCAUCUGCCUCAAAAUCCUGCGCUCAUGCCAUUACAUCACCCACUGGCCCGAUAGACCAGUCCUCUUGGGUUAACCCAAUAAACCGUUGCUACCUAUAACCUGCAUAGAUGUAAAGGUAUUUCAUCCAUUUCUACCAAUAAUGACCAAAUUGGGGAAGAUUUAAUAGCACCACAACAUAAUCUCAAUGCUUGAGUUUGAACUUCAUCUCCGGGCUUUAAGACCGCUGAUGAGCCUGAUCCAUAAGCUACACAUUCAUAAUUCAAAGAAAGAUCUGCACUCCGGAGUCCGGACUCGCCGCACGUUCAUUAUUCUCUCCCUAACCAACACUUGCUCCUCCAUCUCAGGCCGGAGUUAAAAUGGCGCCGCACUGCCCGCACGCCAUUGGACGGGAGAAGUCUAACCUCCGGCUCGACCGGUUUCCGCGUAUUUACAUUACGACAGAAAAUGAUUAAGCAUUCACCAUCUCGGACGUUGUGAGUAGCAGCAGAGUUCGCCUUCCACCGUACAGCGAGUGGCGAAGAGAAAGCGAAACUACUCGGAGAGUGGGUGUGCACGGACGGACGGAUGGACAAGCUGGCGGAGGGAUGGAAGAAGGGGGCCCGCCAGGACGGGCAGAAAGGCCGGGGUUCGAGAGAGGGUGCGCGUGCGGGGGAGGACAGUCCGAGUGAGGUAGCUUUGAGGCCGAGUUGUCAGAAGCAAAAGAUGUUCGGGGAUGCCACCUUCACUGCCUCUCCAUUAAAAUACAGGAAACACACAAUUCAGCUCCAACAGGACCAAACAGACGAUAGUAGUGGCUUGGGAUGUGAUCACACAAGGAAGAUCAUUCAGAAAACUGGCAAAGGACAGGAGCCAGUUGAUGGCCGUAAUGAACAAAUGAAUGUCACAUCAAAUAUAAUUUCUUCUGAAAACUCUGAUCAUUCACGAGGCCACAGUUUCUAUGAUAAAGAUACACGGAAAAUGUGUUAUCCACUGAGGAAAACUUUAUUUAGUGACAAAAGUUGCCAUCAACAAAGUUUUAUGUCAAGACCUGUGAUGGUGGAGCCUGAUAAGAAUAUGGAAGCAGAGAAAUGUCGAUCUGCAGCAUUAAGUAGUUCCACAAAGCAAAGCUCUCAGUCUACGUUCCAGACCAGAGAUGACAACAGCAUCAUUCAGCCAAAGACUCGGAGGGCAGUGCCACCACAGGGUACUAAAGUUCUCUACCUUAAAGCAAUAUCAGAAGCAAUUGGUAGAGAUUUUCAGAAAGCAUAUCGGCAUUGCCGUACCAAAAGCACUGAUCGUUCGGAAGAGACAUUGGCUGGAUCGGCUAAACCUCUCAUGAAAGAAUGCAAGAAAACUGAAGAAAACAGCUGUCGGGAAGCAUCUCAUGUGGUUUGCUCUUCUCAAUAUAGCAAUCAACAACAAGAAAAUGAUUCUGAAAAUAAUUUUGUGAAGCAAAAAUGGAAUGUUGGAUUAAAGGCCAGUGAAAAUAACAUGGAUGAAAGACUAGACCGUAAGCUGGUAUCUACAGAUGUAACUGUGAAUAUUAAGGCACGUGUGGAGGAAAGAAGCAGUGAUUGUCCUCAAAGUGAGAGCGUUGGCUACAAGAAACUGAACUCUGAUGAUGAUGCAUCUGCUGGAAGUGACUGGUCUGAUGUUGAAGAUCCUGCUGUAAUAGCUACUUUUUCACAAGAAGAUUCCAGUCCAGUGAUUAACCUGGAAAGUUCCAGAUCUGGUACACCAUUGAAUGCCAAAUAUAUUACACAACCAUCUUUCAUGUACUCUACAUUCUGCUAUCCAGGUUCAAAACAUUGGUCAAGCCCUCAAACACCUCAGCGACCUUCAUCAACCAGCAGAUUUAAUGAUGACUGCUGUUAUCUUAACCUUAGUGAUGAUGAAACAGAAUCUUUGUCAAGGCUUUCAGAAAAAUGUUUACAAGGCUCACCGUCUGCUAAUUGCAAUAACUUGUCUUUUGAGUCGUUAAGUUAUUCACCACAUCAGUCUGAUCAUAGCAAUAGCAUGGAUUUUAGUAAGGGUUCUUUCAGCUCUUCAAUUAAAGAUUCAGAAUGUUUGGACCAUAAUUGGGGACUGAAUUACCAGAGGGAAGGCUUUGUGGAUACACAUUGCCAUCUGGACUUUUUAUACUCUAAAUUAUCUUUUAAGGGGACCUUUGCAAAGUUUAUGAAAGUUUAUGACAGCACGUUUCCAGCUGAGUUUCAUGGCUGUAUCACUGAUUUCUGUGACCCUCGCAGUCUAGUUCGUGGAAACUUAUGGGAAAGUUUACUGGAAGACCCUCUUGUCUGGGGUGCUUUUGGUUGUCAUCCACAUUUUGCCCGUUACUACACAAAUUUACAAGAAGGCACAAUUAUCCAAGCACUGAGACACCCAAAAGCCGUUGCUUUUGGAGAGAUGGGUUUGGACUAUUCGUAUAAGUGUUCAACAGACAUCCCUAAGCAAAAACAGGUCUUUGAGAGGCAGCUGAAACUUGCGGUGGCAUUAAAAAAGCCACUCGUUAUCCACUGCAGGGACGCUGAUCAGGAUCUUUUUGAGAUAAUGAAAAUCAAUGUGCCAAAGGACUACAAAGUUCAUAGGCAUUGCUUCACAGGCUCUUAUGAGGUGAUUGAACCAUUUCUACGGGAAUUUCCAAAUUUAUCCGUUGGAUUCACAGCCUUAAUCACCUACCCAUCUGCUGGUGUGACCAAGGAAGCAGUCAGAAAAAUCCCAAUGGAACGGAUUGUUGUAGAGACUGAUGCACCAUACUUUUUACCUAGAGGGGUUUCUAAAGGAGUUUGUAUCCAUUCCCAUCCAGGACUUGGCUUGUACACUGUAAAGGAAAUUGCUAGGCUGAAAGCGAUGAAACUGUCCACCGUUCUUCAUGCAUUGAGAAGAAAUACCCAUGGAUUAUAUGGAAUAUAAACAACUGACGAAAUCUCUGUUACUUGCAUUUUGAAAAUAUGAGUGCAAGAGAAAAUUUACAUGGAAAUAAUGGCAGUUCAGUCUGUUAUUUUUCCAACAAUGCCUUCUAAGGUUACAUGAUUUAUUUGUUUUAUUUUUAAUUGAGUUCUACAUAUUUGUAAUCAACUUUGACUACUAGAUGCUGCUGAUGUUUCAACUAUAGAGAACUUACUUGAAAGAUGAUCAGACGCUUAAAUAUCUGAUUAGCUUUGCUGAUUUACAACUCAAACAUGGUGUCUGUAUGUGUCAUGAACCAAUGGCUUGUGUUCUCUUUCUGGCCACUGGUUUUCUCUUGAAUUAUUGCU